UGCGCAGACUCGACGUCGGGCGUGCGCAGGCGCUCAGCGCUGAGGUUUGCCGGAAGCUAAAAUGGCGCUUAGGUGUUCUCCAGGCUGCAGUUGGCGCGUUAUCAGUUUCUGAGCCGGUGUUUUGUAAGGGGCAGUGGCGACCGCCCUCUUCGCCGCCAUGGCCCGACAUAGGAAUGUUCGAGGCUAUAACUACGAUGAAGAUUUUGAAGAUGAUGAUCUCUAUGGCCAUUCUGUAGAGGAUGAUUAUUGUAUUUCGCCAUCAACAGCUGCUCAGUUUAUUUAUUCACGACGAGACAAACCUGGUGUUGAGCCUGUAGAUGAAUGUGAUUAUGAAGACCUGAAGGAAUCCUCCAAUUAUCUUUUAAACCAUCAGCUAAGUGGAUUUGAUCAAGCUCGUCUUUAUUCAUGCCUUGAUCACAUGAGAGAGGUAUUUGGAGAUGCUGUGCCAGAAGACAUACUGAUUGAAGCAGUUCUGAAGAAUGAGUUUAAUGUGGAGAAGGCUUUGUCAAUGGUUCUGGAACAAGAUAAAAUGCAGAAGUUGAAGGUCAACAGUGAGGGAGCAAUACCUACAGGGAAGAUAGCAAAAGGAGUCUUAUUAUCUUACUCUGAAGUUUCAGCUGAUGAUGUUCAAAGCUCUUGCCCUCAGUCUGCAAACCGUUUGGAUUGCAGUAGCAAAGCAUUUGAUUUUUCUGGUCCAGUAGCAAAAUGUGGAUUGUAUCGUAAUUCCUCAAUUGUACCAAGUCACUUUUUACUUCAUAAAAAAAAGAAACUUGACAGGCUCAAAAGUAAAAAGAAACUAGAAUCAUGUAAGUUAACAAAAGAGCUGUCACUAGCUGAACUAAUUGAUGAUAUGCCAAGAGAUUCUUGUAAAAAUCAGUCAUCGGUCAGAUUAUCAUCCACAGAUAAUCUGGAAAGUCUAAUUUCAAAGAGUCUAGAUGCUGAUUUGUUAAGUCCUCGUGCAUCUGAAUGUGUUUCCAAAGAUGACUCCAUGUUCAAAGUAAUACCAGAUUUAAAAUCCUCAGUGAUAAAGAAAAUAACACUAAAUUACUCUUUAUUUACUCAAAAUGAUUCACUACCUGAUUUGCAAAAUAUUUCAGUACAAAGCAGUUCAGAAAGUUUAAAUAAUCCUUUGCUCUUAACUAGCUCACUGGAAAAUAUGGCUCUUGAUAAUUUAAAUGAUCAUAAAAUGACUGAAAUUGGAAAUGUUUCUUCAAUUGAACAAAGUGCAAAGAAUUGCAUUUUUAAAAAUGACAAUUUUCAGUUUUCUCAAUGUGGAAGUCCAUCUCUAGCUGAACUGUGUCAGGACCACAAAGAAAACAAUUCAAGUCAAUGCUGUUCUUUAUCUGAUCUUUGUAACCAGCCAUCGGCCAGUUUCUCCGAUCUAAGUUUGGGAUCCUUUCCCCUAUCACAACUAGCAAAUCGGUGCCAGUCUUCAACCGGAGUAUCAGAAUUAACAGGAUCUCUGUCAUCUUUGGCGUUUCGCAAAACUUCUCCUACAAGAGACUUUGAGAAUUUGUCACUUUCUGAUUUGAUUGCAGAAACGAUUGAUAUAGAUAAUUCUCAGAUUAAGAAAGAUUCCUUUAAGCUCGGUUUAUCUGAAAUGAGGUCACCUGAAAUAGAUUCAAAUAUUGAUCUUAGCAUUCUUAUAAAAACCCCAGAUUUUGUUUUAAAACCUGUAGUAGACCAAUCAAUUGCUCCAACUCCAGGAACUCAGGUUCUGAGUUCGAAGCUAGGGAAAAAUUCUAUGUCUGUUAAAGAUAAUAAGAAAAACAAUAAAGGCCCUCAGGCUAGGAAACCACCUUUUUCUUUGUCUUGGACCAAGGCCCUUGCCGCUAGACCUUCAGCUUUUGCUUCAACACUGUGUCUUCGUUACCCAUUGAAAGGCUGCAAGCGUCGCACCCUUGACCUUUAUAAGACUUUUCUUUAUAGUAGACAAGUCAAAGACAUAAAAGACAAAGAAAUAAGUCCUCUUAUAGCAAUAACACCAUUUGACUUCAAAUCAGCAUCUCCUGAUGACAUCGUAAAAGCUAAUCAAAAGAAAGUUUUUACUAGAGAAUAGUAACAAAAGGAAAACUUGAUAACUUAUAGAACUUUUUAUUUUACAGUGAUUUAAAGUCUUUAUGGGAUGACUUUAUAUCAUGGAUUUAAGUUGUGAUUUUUAUAUUAAAAUAGUCUUAAAUCAGUUGAUAACUUUAGUCGAUACAUAUUUUUGCACUGAAAUUUCAGUUUUACUCUAUCUUUUUUAGUGAUAACUGGCUUUAUUUAAGUUGAUAGCCUGUAAUGGGUGUAUGUUUACAAAUUGCAUAUGAAAACUUGAUAUUGUGAAAUCAAACCUCAGAGACAGUAUUUUUGUUUCAAGUAUCGACAUUUUUUACAAUGAGACAUUAUUUUUUGUGCUUUGUACUUAAAUGAAAUGCUACUACUUAGGAUUAUUAUAGUUUAGUGAUGAAGAUUUUUUUAAAUCACUAAACAUAAGCAAGCAUAGCUGAGACAUAAUUACAUUUUAAAAUAUCGAUAUGAUCCCUAGUUUCAUUAAUUUUCUGUAGGUGACUCCUAAAAUUUUCUAUUGGAAAAAUCUUUACAUUCCUGACUUUGAAGAAUACUGUGGAGGUUGUUGAAAUACAUUUUUGAUGAUAAUAAAAUGAAAAUCCUUUAAGGGACCAUGUAAAUAUUGAGGUUGGAUUAAUACAGAAAUUAUUUUUAUACAUUUUCAAAAACAUUUUUCCUAAAUGCAUACUUUAAAAUAAAUUUAUAGAAAGUGUUUUCAAGUCUGGUUGCAUGUUCUUUGAAUAGAUAAUUUUAUCAUACCUCUUUUUUACUGUAAGUAACGAAAUGUGGACUUUUCCUCUUUGCUCCUGACAGCUGUGCGCUACAAUCUAAGUUUCAGCAGUGGCAGACUGAGGAAGCACUCUUCUGGUCUGUAGAACCAGUGUGUUUCUUCAUACUAGCAGUCAGAAUUGUUGGGGGAGUUUUUCAGAUACUGUGGCUUCCCCUGAGACGUGGUCACCCAGUGUUUGAGGGUGGCGUUUGGGAAUGUGUGUUUUCACAGUAAUCCCAGUGGGAUUUGGAUGUGUUACUUCUAUUGGAGAGCUACUGCCUUAGAGAAAGAAAUCAGUAGAAUGGAAGGAAUUGCUAAUUCUUAGAAUAUUAUUUGACCAACUUGAAUUUAUAAUUUAUAUUUUUGUAGUAAUCAGGAAUACCAAAAAGUUACUAAAUAGAAAUUAUGGUCUUUAUGUAAGAGGAAGUUGAUAUUAUAGUGUUUCUUGGAGGAAAAAGAUAGUAUUUAAAAUAUUAUUUUUUAAUGAAAAGAGAAAUAGCAGGCCUUUUACCAGUAAAAAAAUAUAUUUCUCUGGCAGCUACUUCACUAUACUUUUGAUAAACUUUUUUUGUAUUUGUAUUUUCUAUUUAUUUGCAGAAUGACAUUCCAGUCUUUUAUAUUAUAUUCACUGUUUUGAGGGGAAAGCCUAAGCCAGCAUUUUGUCUUUAUUGUUUUUGACCAGAUACUUUUCUUAAUGAUGUCUUCAGGUUUUAUUUUUAAUUGAAUAUUUCAGUGCCAUUCAUACUGGUGCUUAGGUCACAUAAAUCACAUAUUUUAUGAUUGAUUUUGAAGUUUGAAUUACUUCAGCUGUUGAUUUUGUUUUUCUAGAUAAAACAUCUUAGUUAUUUUGAACUUUUAGUAUAUGACUCAUACCUAGAUUUAUAUAUAGGCAGUCUCCAGCUUAGAAGUGAAUUGUGUUCUAAGAGUUUGUUUGUAACUGACAAUAAUUCCUGAUAGAGUAAGUGCUACAUAUGUGGUCCACUUUGCAUGUGAAUCCACAAAUGCUUCCCUAACCCAUACUGAAGUUGAACUGUAUCAUAUCUGCCUUUCAACAAAUCAAUUUUCAAGUGGAAACACAAUGCUUUUUAAGCCACAUAGUAGAUCUUGCAGCAUGAGCUAAAUCUCCGUUUGCUGGCUGGUUAGGAUUAUAACUACCAUUUAUGAAAUUAUUUUAAGGGGAAAAGUCUUAUAUUACAGGAUGAUAGGGAAGGCAAUGACUUUUAAAUGUCUCCCUAUUCUUUUCCUGUCAUGGCUACUGGUCUGUCAGGCAUGUACAUGGUAUGCACUUGCCCUGCUGACGAAGGAAGUGUCACAAUCUUGUGAUUCAGAGGGCGGAAUUAAGAGGAACCCCUGCCCCUUCCACCCCUGGCCUUGAGUCCUUGGAAAAGGGACAAGUGGCUGCUUAUUCCUGGAUAUUCUUGUAGUGAAACGCUUGUUCUCAGUGCACAUUCUGUACCAGCUGCUGCUCCCACCACUGUCUUUGGGAGCUCAGAUAUGCUAAGUGUUUUUGGUUUAUUUUCCAGUGCAAAUACCAAAUUUGAGGUGCAAAGCCAUUUUUAUUUGCAUUAUGAUCAAGUGCAUUAAUAUUUUACCUUAGGAAUAGAAAUAAUACUGUAAUUACAUUCUAAAUGAUAUAAAAUAAAAAAAUUUUAAAUUACCAUUUUACUCUUAAUUUUUUUGUUAUUUUUUAAAAGAUCUGAUGUUCAUAGAUGUUUUAUCUUUUUGCAUUCUAAAAUCUUUGGUUGGCUUUUUUGGUUAUGAUUCUUACCAUUGAUUGCCAAGUACUAGUGUUUUACUUCUGUACCAAGCACUUUGCUUAACUUUUCCCUUUACAUUUUACCUUUUUUUUAUUUAUUAGUUUUACUAAAGUGGCAUUGUAACCUGUUUUUCUCCUUCUGGCUUUGAAUCCUUAUUUCUUGAACUUUUCCUUCACAUGUUUUCUUAUCAUGUAAGUGGUAAUAACUAUUCCCAGUGUCUAAUAUAUUUAAUUUUUAGUAUUCAUUGGGAGGUUAUGCAACUAAUUGUCACACAAAAGAUAAAGUUAACACAGUGCUUUUCUCUGUAUGUAGAGGAAGCACUAUUAGGAUAAACAAGGAGGAAAAUAAUGGAUUCUCAUAUGAUUAUUUACCUUUUAGAGUGACCCCGAAUCUCUGUGUGGACCAUUGCAAAGAAACAAGUACACAGUUAUAUAUUCAGAAGAAUUAUGUAUCAAGUUUUCUGUUUCAUGUUCACACAAAUAAAUAUUUGCUUUUAAAAUGAGUUUUGUAGUAGCCUACAAAAUGUUUUCUGUUACAUAUAUAAACACAGAUAAUGUUGACUAGACAGGGGUUGACUGAAUAUCUUUAUUAGUUUUUUUUAUGUUAUGUAAGCCCCAGUUGUAUAUUAUAAUUUUUAGGGUCUAGAAAGACUUGUCACUUUUUGAGUGUAUGUGUACAUUUUUAUAAAAGCUGCAGCAAAAUAAAUGAUAAUUCUAAGGUUUUCUUAAAUCAAGUGUGAAAACAUACCACAAUUUAUCCAUUAGGGUUUUUUAUAUAAGCUUGGUAUUUCAGAAUAUAUUAAUAAUUCAUGCUGAAGGUAUUGCUUUAUCUUCCUAUAAACAAAUUAAAAAACAAACUCCUUAGUUAUGUAGAAUUCUUGUAGAUAUUUGUCAUUUAGACUCUUGCUUUCAAAAAAGUAAAAUUACAUACAUUUGUACUUUUCAGGAUUCACAUAGAAACACUGUUAUAGGUUAUGGUGAAUAUGAGUCAUGUACUUGCAAAGAUGGCAGUGGAAGUUAAUAGAAUUGAUAAAGUGCACAUUUCGGGUGUUGACAUGUCUGGUUUAUAUUAUGUAACUUAAAGGAAAGCAUCAUUUAGUUGCAGAAGAUAUACCAAGAUGAACAGAGAUAUUCUUCACUCCAAAGGGAGGGGGUUUGAGUACUUAAGCACAUGAUUACAUUUAUUACAGUGUGGUAGACAUCACAUUGUACUCUUCAGAGCUGAUGUCUUUGCCUUCCUGAUCCAAGCGGCCACCACCUUCUGUUUCCCAUCUUUAGUAGUAGUAUCACCCGCUUCCAGUUGCUUAGGCUAGAAACCAAGCUAACAUAAUCUUUGAUUUUUCUUUCGUUUACUUUUGGUAACUCAUUACCAGUCCUUUUCGCUUUACAAAUAAGUAAAUAUAUGUGCAUACAUAUACAGUUGUUUGUUACUUGUGGUGGUUAUAUUUUAUAAAGUUAUAUACUAGCGAACACUGAACGAAAUGUGUGAACACUGAAUGUGGGACUACCGAACCAUAGCUCCUACAAGAAAUAGAAGGUUGGCUUCCUGUGAGAUUUUUGGUCAUGAUAUUUUUGUCAGCCAAUUUAAUACAUAACCUUAUUUUAUCUACUUAUUUAAAGAUACUUUAAUACUUUGUUUAUGUAUUAUUGAUUCAUUAACACUGAACUCAUGGCCAGCAACACUGUAAGUCUUGCCCAAACAAAGCUUAUCUAACACAUCUUUUAUUUGUAAGGCACGUCACAGCUGCCUUGCUGUGGGAACACUAAAUAGCACUUGAGCAUUA